AUGGCCGCUUCGGUCUCAGAUCGGGGACGCCGCACACGAGGUGGUCGUGUGAGGAAACUGACCGCCAAAGCCCAAGCGCUGAGUGACCGCAAAGCCGACUCAAGCUCUUCGCCGCCGCCUUCAGACACCAUUGUGGUUAGCUCUUCACCACCACCACAGCUGCCCCCACCAACAAAAUCCAAACCUCAGCCUCGCCGUAAACAAGGCUCCACUACUCCGAGUCCUAGUGCAGACACCUCGCAGCAAGCUUCGGGAGACUUUCAAACCCCAGAGACGUCAACAAACGACCUGGUUGAGAGUGCCACUUCAGCAUCAAACGCCGAGGUCGCCACUCAGGACGAGACCAAUUCUUCAACUCUCAACUCACCAGCCAGAAGAACCUCCCAGCGAGAGAGGAAACCUUCCGCCAAAGCACUAUUAACACCUCCGACUGCCCGAAAACGCCCAGCCUCUCCAGCUGAUACUCAGGAUGUUCCGGCGCGCAAGUCUGCCAGAAUCUCUUACGGCGGCGCCAAGGUCCCGUCCAAGCUUCGUUACUCGUUGUCUUCCUCUGUGCCCGAGGAGCUAUCUGCUGAGGAUCAAACCCCGGAGAGGAGCCAAAACCGUUCUACCGGAUGUCCAGUUCACCAACGCAUGGGUUCAAAUGUUCAAGACAUGCUUGAAAAAUCUCCAAAGAGCCAACGAGCUCGUCAAGUUGUGGAAAACCAUUUUCGUGACACGUGGCCUUGGCCCGUACCGACCAAACCUCCAACCCCUCCACAAAUGCUCAGCCCUCCAGAAGGGCAAAGCGACCAAGACGUUCGCGACCAGGGAUAUAACAGCCAAAUGCACGCUCUUUCCGAAUAUUCUGGCAAGCCUGUUUCCCAAGAGCACCAGCUGGAGGACGAUCAUGCUGAGAUCCGUGCCAAACGGAAACAACCUACCCGCCGGGACACGGCUGAGAUUCCUGCCACUCCAACCGGCAAGAAAUCAAAGCGUGUCACACUGAAGACGACGCCGACUAAAGUCGACAAACCUGAAACUGCCGAAGUCGCGCAAACCACUCCCUCAAGCAGAUCGAAGGUAAUCACACUAAAGUCGAAGAGACUUUCUGAGAUCAACAACCCAACUCAACAACCUGAAGUCGAUAAGCCCAGCCCUAAGGCCAGCAAGGUUCGAGCAAGCCGACGAAAAUCCAAACUCAAGCAAGAUGCCCCCCGGAACGACCGUGUUACCGUGCAAGACAAGCCUUUGUCUUUAGCAUCAUGCGACCUGUCUUGUCUUCCUCCUUGGUCACGACUCGUAGCCUUUGCCGAGAUUGCCAAGCGAAUGCCGGAUUCGGAUAAUGACGACGAAGAAAUUGUGCCUGGGAGUGACCAGGACUGGCGGUCUUAUACCCAGCAUUUGUGCCAGUGCAAGAAGGAGCCCCGACUUCCCAUUGACGACGUCAAUGCCAGUGAACUUGCACGAGCCCUUCUACCGAACACGGUUUUCCAAGGCACUCAAGUCGAUCCGAUCGAUCUUACGGAAGCACCUACAGCCGAAAGCGAGCUUUUAGCCCAACCGGUCAAUACUAUCCUGAGGGCCACCGACGCGGAGCGGCUCUCUCAGCUCUUUGCCAGUCCUCACAACUUAAAUGAAAGUGAGAAUCGAAGACGGUACACCACCUCUGCGACCCGUAGCUUACGCAACUCUGCCGAGUUUGGAACCCCCCCUGCCUACGGAAACGGAAAUCCACUUCGAAAUUCAGGUUUCUCAGAGAAUGCUACCAAGUUCCUUCCAACUAAACGAACGUACGAGGAGCGCAUGCGAGACGACCACAAGGCAUUGGCGGACAUUCGCAAGCGCGCAUCAGCGUUGGGAAUCGAGUGGAAUUUCAACAUGACUUUUGACGACAUUUCUUCUCUGGUCCGGGAGGCUGAAGCCUCUCAGACCCAGAUCUAUUAUGACCAACGCAACAUGACCCGUGAGAACGACAUCUCUGUCGGCCGCCAUGGGCACGGUUCGGUUAUAGAAGGUCACCCAGGCCACGGCAUCCCGGCCGGAUAUGGUGGACUGUAUCCAGGAAAAGCGACAUCUUCAACUCCUACGCCGAUUGCAAAUGGAGCAGCAGUAGCUGGACAUGAUCUCUACCAGCAUCGGUCGCCGCCACCGGCCCCGCCACAGCAGCAGCAGCCCAAAAACGGCCGGAGACGACCCAAAUCCCAGUUCAUUAACUACAACUACACUCAUACAAAUGGCUUCGACAACAAUAGCGGCGGCAACAGCCGCGGCAAUCGCAAUGGAACUGGUACACCUGAGACCGCCGGCAAACACCUUGGUGGAUCGGCCAGUCCCAACACAACCACCAUCAGCUUUGUUACUGAGGAUAUUGGCGCAACAUAUUCUUCGUCGGGUCCGCACACGUCGCUGCGUCGACCUUCUUCCCCUAGUCGACCCAAAAGCUCGCGGUUUCGAGUCGAUCCUAGAGGAUUGCUAGGUGAAUCGCCGGGGCCCGGAACGAUCAUCAAUAUCGACGAGCAGCAUCAGCAUCAGCAUCAGCAGCAGCCGAAGAAGGCUGUAGCUAAUGGUAGAGCGUCACGUCGGAGAUCGCGUGGCUCAAAGGUUGCAGAAGCUCAGAAGGAGGCUGAAGUGAAUGGCCCAGAGGCCAGUUAG